AUAAAUUAAUUAAUUAAUUAAAUUUCAGAAUAUGAAGUUGGUUACAAAAAAGGAGGCCCCCUCCAAUUUUUUUUUUGAAAGAUAGCAGUAGGGUUAAAAUAAGUGCAUGUGCCACUUAAAGGCAAUGGCAGUCAUUUUCUGCCUUUUCUGUGGCAUGCUGUAUGCCAGAGGGAUAUAAACAGUAUGAGGAGGCCAUUAACACUGCUCCAGUAACUUGAUAUUUUUUUAUUCCUCUUCUCAAAACUGAUUUGUCCAAAUACUUUUGGAGACCAGAUUCAGGUCUAGUUAGGACAUGGGAUGGAGCAGUCCUCCAUGAUAUUCUGUUGUCACCGGGGGCGCCUGCUAGAGAGAUGGCUGAUGCCACCUGACGCAUGAAUUAUUCAAAGCCAGGGCUUGAGGUGUGGCCUGUGGUCUUUUAAGGUCCACAGCAUCACUAAGUCCCCAGAGAAGAGCCAAGGAGAGGGAGAUGGAAAGAGGCUGGCUCCAUGGGGAAGGAUUCUUCCUCUGCCUCAUUCUCCACCUGCUGCAUCAAGGUAAGAUGGGAUGAGAGCAGGAGCACAGCAUACAUAUAACUUCUGAGAAACAGGGAAACCAAGCUAAUUUUUGUGAUUUCUAGACAGUCAAUGACUAGGUAUUCAUUUCGGUAAAAAUGGAAACUCAUGAUGCAGACAGCUUUGUAGCUCUUUCUAGGCUCCUAACCCUUCGUUGACUCUUCUCUUUAGCUAUUUCUCCACCCUCCCUGCUGCUAUGGGCCGCUUCUCUUUCCCCAUGUUAUUCUCUUUCCAGGCAUAUAAUCUACUUCAUGGUUUUUUAGUAUUAACUGAUGUUGAGAAGAAAAAUCUUUCUCAGUUCUUUUAAGCAAAGGAAACACAGCAGGGAAGAUGCUAAGGGGAAGGAGGUGGAGGAGAAGAUCUACCAUGAAAGAGGGAAACUAUCAGGACAAUUUUUCCAAUCUAGAGUACUUUCUUCUUCACUACUGAGAGUAAGCAAUGAGGGUUAGGAUAACAUCAGAGACAAAUAAAAAGAGACUCUAACAGAAGAUGUUACCACAUACAUUUUCUGUUUCUGCUCCACAAAGUAUGGUAAGAAAAGGGUUGGAUAUAAGAUGGGUAUCAAGGGACUCUUUCUAAGAUCUUCUCAGUGGUGAUGACCCCUGAAUUUUAGAAGAGAAAAAUCACAGCACAUAGCAGAGACACAGCAUUCAAUUGAGAAACUGAGUUCUUUCCCACGUAUUUUUCACUACCUACAUGAUUAUUUCUCUUGUCAUUAAUUCAUGACCAUCUAUGCCCUGUUCAUAGAGUGAGGAAGAAAUUGUGAUUGCAAACUCUGUCACUGACAUUCACCCGAAUGGCCCAAGGACAGAAGCGUGUGGUGAGAUUAUUAAGAAUAUAGCAGGACACUAAAAAGUCGUGGUCAGAGCUGAGUUUGCAUACAGAUUUGGACAAGCUUUGCAUGCAGAGAAAGAUAAUGGAACUGAGGAUGGAGCCCAGACUCAGUUCACAAUAGCCACUUCCACCAUUUGCCUACCACCACACCUCAAGCUCCCAGGCCAGGAAGGAGGAAUCCACGUGCUUCUCCCAUGCCCCCUGCCAUCUCUGUGCAGAAAUACUCCCCAGGCCCCAGCCCUGGCACUCUUCUCACAGUCUCUGCUCUCCACAGGACGAGGAGGCACAUUCCCCAUCAAUUGCUCAGGCUUUGACCAGCAUGGGGUGAAUCCUGCUGCCUUCCAAGCAGUAUUUGACAGAAAGGCUUUCCGUCCAGUCACCAACUUCAGCGUCCCCACUCAUGUCAACAUCUCCUUCACCUUGUCUGCCAUCCUGGAAGUGGUGAGUCCUGAUCCAACUCUGUAAUGGUCUAAUGGUGAGAAGUGAGUCCCCUAACUGGAUUUUGUAAAAUUAAGAGCUCAGUCUAUGGGGUACAGAGGCAUGUCAGGGAAUGCUACAGUGAUAUCACUCCAGGUAAAAGCCAUCCUUUUUUGUGACUACUUCACAAGACCCUCAUACUGGUGCUUUCACUUACAUUUCCCAUGUACCCUGGAUUAUUUGACCUACAUUUUUCAGGAGCUUAUGAUUAAAAAUCAUAAUUGCUACACAGAACAGCCUUGGAAAUGAGUACGAGGUGGGUGGUGGCAUUGGACCUGACUUCUCAAAGUAAAUGACCCUGGAUAAAAAUUGUUUUUCCAUUGCUUAUUUGCUGUACAGUAGAAAGCUGACAGAACACUGUAAACCAAUUAUAAUAAAAAAAAUAAAAAUCACUUAAAAAAUUGUUUCUCCAGGAUGCACGGCUUCAACUGAUGACAUCAUUCCUGUGGCUAAAUAUGGUAUGACAGACUCAGUUUCCCCUUUGCUCUGGACCUCCCUUAUUCCACUCCAGGGUCUAACUUUGCAGAUUAAAAUGGAUAAACCUAAGGAUACCCACAAAUUAGACAAGUUCAAACAGAGUCAGACCAACAAUGAAAACAUACCCCGCCCCCGAUCAUUCUGCCACUUUAGGAGGGCAGAGAUGGGGCUCAGGAGCAGGUGGCAUAAAUGAAGAUUAUGGAAGCCCAUACUUAAGGCGCUCCAUCCCAGGGAAUCCAAGUCCAAGCUCAAGGUCUCCCUUGAGAGCAUGGAGGGAGAAGUGGAAGCGAGGAAAACUUUGUUAGUGACAUUGUGACAGCUGUCACCAAAGAGGGAGUGGGAAAGUAAAGACAUGAGCAAAAAAGGGAUGUAAAGUGCAGGAGACAGAGGAAGCCUACAACUAGUUCCCAUCCGCUGUUUGUCCCACACCACGGUCUCCUCUAGGUCUGGUACAAUCCAUUCAUCAGGUGGAACCCAGAGGAAUGUGGGGGCAUCAAGAAGCUCAGCAUAGCAACUGAGAACCUAUGGCUCCCAGAUAUCUUCAUUGAAGAGUUGUGAGUAUUAGCGCUGAAAAAAGCAAAAAGGAAGCCAUAUCUCCAGGCAAGGGUGUGAUGUAACCAGAAGGGGCCACACCAAGACUCAGAAAGAAGCAGCAUCUGAAACCCCUAGAACAUGGUGACAGGUGGAAGAGGGGAGUCACAAGAGUGGGGCUGGAGCAUAGGAAUGUGGUGACCUGAGAGAGAAAGAAGGCCAAGUCUGAUGGGGAUCCCACAACACCCACCUCCCUAUCCUCCUCACAUACAGCAUGGAUAUGGAUCAGACACCUCCAGGUCUCAUGGCUAUGUCAACAGUGAUGGCCACAUCAAAUACAGUAAGCCAAUGCGCAUGGUCAGCAUCUGCAAACUGGACAUCUUCUACUUCCCCUUUGAUGAACAGAACUGCACGCUCACUUUCAGUUCUUUCAUCUACACAGGUGGCCAUCAGGCGCAGACCCACCCUCUAUGUCAUAAACCUUCUGGUGCCCAGUAGCUUUCUGGUGGCCAUCGAUGCCCUCAGCUUCUACCUGCCAGCAGAAAGCGAGAACCGUGCCCCAUUCAAGAUAACACUCCUCCUGGGCUACAAUGUCUUCCUGCUCAUGAUGAAUGACCUACUCCCCAUCAGUGGCACCCCCCUCAUCAGUAUGGUGUGCUCCUUCCACCCAGGUGUCUACUUCGCCCUGUGUCUGUCACUGAUGGUGGUCAGCCUGCUGGAGACCAUCUUCAUCACCUACCUGCUGCACCUGGCCGCCACCCAGCCCCCACCCCUGCCCCGCUGGCUCCAUUCUCUGCUUCUGCACUGCACCAGCCCAAGGAAAUGCUGCCCUGUGGUUGCACCCCAAAGGGGAAACUCGGGUCAGGACCUCGGUCCCGCCCACCUUCCUGGCACGAAGGAGCCCGUGGAGCUGGUGGGGAAGGGGCCGGGUCCCAGAGAGGCAGAACUAAGUGGGUGCCCUGGGUCAGCGAGCACCCAGCCAGAAGAUGAGGCUCAGAAGCAGCACCUGGUCAGCCUGUGGGUGCAGUGCAGCCACAUGAUGGACUCCCUGCUCUUCCGCCUCUACCUGCUCUUCUUGGCCACCUCCAUUACCACGGUCAUUGUCCUCUGGAACACCUAGGGAGAUGCCCACCUGAGAGUUCCAGGCAAGAGCUUCUCUUUUCCCCAGGAAACAGCCAGGCCCUCACACCUACCCAAAUCCUGUCUUACAGACCUGACAACGCCUUGCUUUCAACCUGGUCUUCCUGUGCAGUUUCAGACAAGACCUGAUGGGUUCCUGUGCCCUCAUGAGUGAAGUCCUUGUUCCUGCAUGCCAUCUACUCCCCUCAGCCCUCCCAAGCGUCCUGCCUGCCUGGCUCCUCAGGAUUCAGGUUCCUGGAAUACUUCUGUGAUUGAAUCUCCUCCAAUAAACCCCUUUGCAGAAGGCACUGGUUCAUCCCUGCAUUAUAUUAUAGUACCAAAAACCUUGAGGUUGAGAAACUUUGCAGAAAGUUUGCAGAAACUUUACAUUACCAAAGUAAGAAGGACUUUCUUGUUUUUUAAAUCUAUUAAACAAUAUGAGAAAGUGGGGAGAGGAGAGAGAAGGGGGCAAAAUCUAUUACAAGGAAUUACAAUAAAAUAGGGAUUCACCUAAAUUAUCACAAAUUAUCCUGGAUUUAAGCUUCAGCAAUUAAUAAUAUGCCAGAAACAGGCAUCUCUUGUUUAAAGAGUGAAGCCUUUUGUCUCAGCCUGACAUAUGACUAAUUCAUCAUUAAGCACUUAAAGUGUUAACAUAAUUCUAAAUUCUGCUAACUGUCUGUGCUGCAAUUAGAGUUGAUCCAGCCUUUUUUUUAUUUUUUUAAGCUUUUAAAAAAAUGUUUUUAAAUGUAUAUUGGAGUAUAAUUAAUUUAUAAUAUGUUGAUUUCAGGUGUAUGACAGCAAUUACAUAUCCAUAUAUCUAUCCUUUUUCAGAUUCUUUUCCCAUAUAGGUAAUAAAAUCUUUUUUAAUGUUUUUUUUUAUUUCUCCAAUACAUUAUUUUUUUUCUACUGCACAGCAAGGUGACCCAGUUACACAUACAUGUACACAUUCUUUUUUCUCACAUUAUGAUCCAUCCUUAAUCAUACUAAGAAAAGAACCCUGGGCCAAGGAAAGCACAUUUGAAAAUGGCACCUGCUUUAUUUGGGAGUAAUACAAAUGCCCCCACGUGAACUGGAAAAUUCCUCUCCUUAUCAACUGCCUCAUCAUUUGAAAGUCUGUAUCUAUUGGCCCAUCAUUUCCAAUAGCUUCCUGGGGGGAGGUGAAGGCCCCACUGUAUCGCAUGAGAUCUGUGGUAUGAUUUGCUGGACACAGGUUCAGAAAAGCACAGACUCAAGAUCAACUCAAUUACAACUUGAACACAAUCUUUGUGGGAUCUCAGUUCCCAGACCAGGGAUGGAACCUGGGCCGCAGCAGUGAAAGCGCCAAUUCCUAACCACUAGACCAUCAGGGAAGUUCCCACAAUCUUUCAUUUUUCACAACCGUUUCUUUUCCUUUCUUUACUUUACUACUUUCUAUCUGAAGCCUAAAUUUCCCAGGUCAUAACAGGGUAGUGGGAAAAAAAGAGAGUCAUAAUAUUGUUUACUAAACUCUCUUUUCCUGGUUCCUCUUCUCCACUGCUCUUCCUCAAAUGUCUUUGGCUUCCUCUGGUCACUGUAGAUGCUCCAAGGGUGGCAAGGCUACCAAUGUCCACCAGAAGUAUGGCUGCUGGUAGUGCGGGCCUGAGGUCCUACCCCAAUAUUCAUUGCAGAACUUCUGCCCCCUCAGAGCCCAAGCCACUGGAGGGCUGAACUCUCAGUACACAUGUUCCGAGGUCGGGGCUGAGUCACCAGAACCAGAUGUCACUUGCUCUUUCCAUGCAGUCCGAAGUCCACAGGAAUCUGGGCAUACCGAAGCAGAAAUACCCUGCUCUACUCUGAAUGGCUCCUUUCACUCAAGUCUUCCAACGAAACUUAUGUCCCUUACUUCUUUUAUUUUGCUCUGC